CGCAAGACGACCAUAUGCCAGCCAAGAAAAUAUACCUACCAAAUGAAACAAAAUCCAACCCAAUGUAGACAGCACCCAGUUUUGAUCCGUUCAGUGAACGGAAUAACGGCGUCGAAUCAAACGGAAAGACAAGAGAUUGACCUCUCUAAAUAAUCCAUCUGCUUGCUAUCAGCCAGCGAGCAAGCUAUACACAGCCCAAGACGAAAGAACCUUCGCCUUCACUCCUUCGCCAGUUCAGUAUCCCUUCAUCUAUGCGACGCUGUGCAUCGUUGCUGGUUUACAGUCGUUGUAGUUCUUCCCACCUUUUCUGUCGCUAACUCAACGGUUUGAAACCGACGAUAUCCUGCCUCUGCCUUUGCCUCAUCGAGUGGGGAGAAAUACGGGCAGACAACGAUCUGUGUAAUGGCUAUGGCGUUUGUACAGACUAUCAGAACUGAAAUCAUGGCCUAGUUCCCUUUAAAAAUUCAGAAAAUAUAGUGAAUUCGCGUGGAUAGUGAAACUGGUGUGAAUUAGUGAUAAAAAUUUAAUAAUUCUAGAAUGGCUGAAGUAGAAAACAUCGAUUUCCAAGCAUGUUGUAGACUGUGUCUCAGCGAAAUGGUGGAUUCUUUAAAGUCCAUUUUCGACGAAACAGUUGAAGAUGAAAGUCUCUCCCAGAAGAUUUUACAAUCAGUGGCUAUUGAGGUCAAUUCGUCAGACAAAUUGUCCACCAAGAUCUGUGAAGAGUGCGUAGCAAAAGUAACUGACUGGAUUUCGUACAAGGAGCAAUGUCUUCAAAACCAAAAGAAGUUGUCUGAGUUGUUGGUUGCGAAAGAAGGUCCAGAAGUUUUGGCUGUACCUGAAAAUUUUGUUGUACCCGAAGAACCACUUCCUGUAAAUGGAAUUGAAUCUGAAUCCCCCUCUGACGACGACCUUAAUGAAAACCAAGUGGAUCCUGCCUCUUUGUUGGACCUUAGCUUACAAAUUAAAGAAGAACCGGCAGACCACACUGAACAGAACGAACACGAUAACCCAGAUAUGCUAGAUGUAGGUCAAAUGAACCACCAUCUUGAUCAACCAAAUGACAUAUUAAUGCCCGGACAUGUGGUGGUUAAAUCUGAACCCAUUGAUAUGGACGGGUUGGACGAAGUGUAUAGUGAAUUCCCGCCACAAUUAUCUCCUCAACAGGCUGAGGCUGAUGAUUUGAGUGAACCCUUAGUUGUCACUUUGACGAACGGCGAACUACAGCACGAACCCAAUUCAGAUCAACAAAAGAUUCUGUUUGCCAUGGGAUUAAAACUGUUACAAACCAGCGCGACUCCCAUUUCAUCAGAAGAGCUAUCCAAAAUUGAGAUAAGCUACAUCGAAAAAUGCAAGGCUAUGGUUAACAUGCACAAGUCUUUAACGUGCGCCUGUCAUAACGUGCCACAUCAGAAUCUUAAGGGGCUCUUGUCCCACUUGAGGGCUUUAAGAAUAUGGUUUCCAGUUUUCACGUGUUACAACUGUAUGAUUACGUUUACUGAUAGAUCUACAUUUACAAGACAUAUUUCAAGAUGUCAAAGCUCCCCACUGGAUUCCAUCACGAAGCUUAGUAAUCUCAAAAAGCGUAGCGAAGUAAAGACCAGGCUGUACCAAAAUUUCAAGUGUACCAUCUGCAAGUUCAUGUUCAGUUUUCACGAAGAUUUUUGCACUCACGUUGACCUGGACCAUUCCAUGUUACAGUUUCCUGUACACUGCCCAUGUGGAAGAAUUUUCGAGAAUAUGGAAGACUACAAGGACCACGUUUACGUCAGUUGUCUUGUAGAGUUUUACUGCGACAUUUGUUUUGUUACUACUAAGACGCUAGAUGAUUUUCAGAAGCACGCGAAGGAAGUGCACGACGAUUCUGAAGGAUUUAUAUUGCUGCAGGACGACAACUAUAAAGUUCGAAAGCCUUCUAUGCAUGUCAGUCCCAGUGUUAUAGACGAGGGAGUUAUUCUAACAGGAAAAAGAGAACGCAAGUCAUCCUAUCGCUUCGUAGAUGAUGACUUAGACGAAGUCAUUCCACUUGACGUAAAUACGAAUUUGUACACUCCAAGAACCAAUAACAGAAGCUGUCCGAUUUGUACCAAAGAAUAUUCUUCGUAUAAGAACAUGAUGCGGCACUACAAAACUCACAGACCUGAAGAAAUCCAGGAGCACAGACAGCAACAACAGUUCGACUAUGAUUCACAAGAUAUGCAAGACAUGGAUUUGGAAGAUGAAGAAUCGAUGUAUUCGUGUCCCGACUGCGGAGGAAUGUUCAAGUCUUUGGAGUGGAAAAUACAUUUGACUGAGCAGCAUCAGCAGAAACCUUGUGGGGAAUGCGGGAAGUUUUUCCAAUUCCAGACGGAGCUUGAUCAACAUCGAGCCACGCAUUUGAACUUGAAGCGUCAUCUAUCGCCAAUAGAAAAAAUACAGAUAUCCAGGGACUCGAAAACACAAUCAUACACGAGCACUAUGAUAAGUCCUGGAGGAGAAGACGACUUGGAGGAACCAAGUGAGCGAGUGUUCGCUUGUGAAGUGUGUGAGUUCGUGUUCAGUACACAAGACGAAUUAAUGAACCAUAAGCUUGAACAAGACCACGGCGAACUCGAACCUAUGGAUAAUAUGGACGGCAUGGAUAACAUGGACGAAAAUAUGGACAUAGACGUAAUGGAACCGUUGCAAACUAUGGAAAUUUUAGAACCACAGAUCGAGACUACUGCAAAGAAAUCUAAGUGUGAUGUUUGCAAUCAGGAAUUCAAUAAUUACAACGGCCUGUGGGAACACAACAGGAGCAAACAUCCAGAAAGAAAAACACCACACGUGGAUACAUAUCCUAAAAAAUGCAAGGACUGUGACAAGGUGUGUACUACUGGAGCUGCUUACUAUAGACACAUUCAAAUCCAUUCUAAAGUACCAUCAGACGCUAGUACCAAUAGAAUGACUUUAUUGAAACCAAAGAAAGAAAUUGACGAAGAAUCUUAUCAUACAUGUAAGAAAUGCUUUAAAGUAUUUUCCACCAAAUAUAACUUGAAGAACCAUUUAAAAUGCCAUGGAAUUAAUAUUAAUCCUGUUGCGAAGAAGAUGGUGAGGAAGGCAGUCUGCAGGGUGUGCCAACAAGUGUUUGAAACCAAUGAAGAGUUGAUUAGACACAAACAAGAGUAUCAUAACUCAGUCGAAACUCCAUAUGAUAAUGGGGACAGAUCCAGUGUGGUCUUCCCCUGCGAUAUUUGCGUUAUGACCUUUGGAAGCAAAAUCGCUCUGAAGAAACACAAAGACAGACAUAUUCUCGAGUCAAAACCACACACCAGAGGAGUAUACUGCAAGUACUGCAAAAUUUCAUUUGAUUCCUACCAAGCUCUCUCCAUGCACAUGCAAAGAGAACACGAUGAAAGAGCAAAGAAGCAAAUAAAAGAAGUUGACAAACCUGACGAGUACACUUGCAGUAUUUGCAAUAAGUCAUUCCAAUCAGCUGGAGCUCUUACAACCCAUAUCGGCUGGCACAAACGUGCCCUAAACGACGGAACUGGAAAGUUACUGAAGCAUGCUCCACCAGCUAAACCUAAAUUACUCAAAGUGCAACCCGUUACUAUCAAAGAGGAACCUUCUGAUGAGCCAAGACACCAGUGUAGUACAUGCUUGGCAGAAUUACCCAACGAUACUGCUCUACAAGUUCACAUUUUGGAGAAGCAUAGAAGCGUCAGUGCCAUUAUGCUCAUCCCCCGUUGCAACACAUGCAACAAAGACUUUACAACACAAGACGAAUACGAAACCCACAAAAGACUUCAUGAUUUCUUGGAACGUCAGAAACAGCACGAGCAGAAAAUGCUAAUACAACAGCAGGACAGCCCUCAGCAGAAGAUGGCACCGAAUAAACCAAAGUUCCCCUGUAAAUACUGUAACGCCGCUUUCAGCAGGUCUGACACACUCGGUGGCCACAUUAGACAGUACCAUAAAGAGCACGUUCAGACUGAAUUUAGAUGUAACCAGUGCGACAGAGUGUUCGAGAAGCAGAAUUCCUUGACCAUUCAUUUAAAAACUCACGACAAGCAAAGAAGCGUUAAUCAAGCUUCUGCCAGCAAACCGAUGUUUUCUUGUUCUAUUUGUAACAUGGGCUUUGAUCUACCGAAGGAUCUGAGAACUCAUACUAUCACUGCCCAUCCAUUUUGACGAGGGUCCUUUCAGUAAGUUAGACGCUACUUUUCUAUAAUAAUUUUAGGUUUUUCAUGAAUGUUUAGUUUGUUCUUGAUUUCGAGUGUAAGUUUUAUUAGAUAAGUAUUUUUUUAUAAUAGGUUGUCUUUAUUAAAACCUACACCUAAU